AUGGAAACUAUUCAUUCUUCUAGCUCAAAACAACCUUCUCAAGAUUUAAAAACCCAAUACCAAUACUCUGAUGAUGGAAAAGUUUUAAAUAUCAAUGAAAUCAACUCUAAUCCUCAAACUAGCUAUAAAUUCAUUAAAUCUAAAUAUUUAUCAGUACCUGUAAGAGUAAAAUUAAAACAAACUGAAGAGCUUGAUAAAUCAGUUGAAGAAACCAAAUUUGAAAGCCUAGAAGAUAAGUUUCCUCGUAAAAGGCUAAGAAAGCAUAAAUUUUCGAAUAAAAAGCCAAAAAAUGAUGAUUCACAAAUUCUGAAAAACAGAAAAAACUCUCAAAGCAAUGAAUGCUCCUCUGAAAGCGAGUCUUCUUUCGACUCAGAGAGCUCUCAAUCUUUGUUUGCUACAGAAUCUUCCAGUGAAUCUCAAGAAGAAGUUAUUGAAAAAGACACAUAUUGCGCUCUUGAAAAAAACCAUGAAAACAUUAUUAUGCUAAUUGAUGAGCUCCAUACAAACCCAAGCAAGGGGGCAAAAAUUUUAAAUGCAUUUGAUAGCAUUUUUGAUCCAUUUGACCAAGAAUCGAUGAAAAUAAUUUCGGAUACAAAUCUGAUCAAAAUCUUGAAAUCCUAUGGAUGAAAAGGUGAUCUUUAUGAGAUUGCUCAAAAAUUGAUUAAAAAAUGAAAAAACAGCAAAUAUUUAUUGCUGUACCCAGGAGAAGAUUGAGAAAGAAUACAUGAAAGUUUAGGCAAAAACUUUGUGAAUAAUGCAGCAAAGCAGGUUUCAGCUGAUCUUAGAAGAAUUGCUGAUAAUUUUCCAGAAAAAUUAAAUAAAACAUUGAUAAAAUGAAUGAGUCCUUUAAUAGAAGUUGUUCAAAAAAUUGCUGCAGGAAGCGAAGGAGAAAUAAAAAUUAAGGCGCAGAGUAUUAUGAAAGUUUGGAAUCAGAAAAAGGAAGAAAUUUUAAAAAAAGUCCCAGAAAAGUCUUUAAGAGAACAGAUGGAUGAAAAAUUAAAUCAAUAUAAAAGCCUUAAUAAGCCUAUUGUAGAAGAAAAAGAAAUUGAUAAAAAAGCCAUUAAUGUUGAUCUAAAUGCAGUUGUAAUUAAAAGGAGAAGGAGAACAGUAAAGCCUAAGCCUAAUAAAUAG